AUGCGGUUCUCCAAUCGUACCCACGGAUCAAAUGAUACCUACGACUACAUUGUUGUAGGUAGUGGCCCAGGUGGUGGCCCAUUGGCUGUCAACCUCGCCAAAGCCGGUUUCAAGACUCUGUUGCUUGAAGCUGGUGAUGACGAGAGCGCCGAAAAACGAACGCAAGCUCUCGCCCUCUCGGAAGUGCCUAUUCCCGCAAACCUCGGCUGGUCAUUCUGGGUUCGCCAUUACGAUGACGACGAGCAAACCAAGAGGUAUCAGCGACUCACUUGGAGACUUCCAAACGGAGACCUUUGGGUUGGUCCCGGUAGUUCUGCCCCGGCUGGUGCAGAAAUGCUCGGUGUCCAAUAUCCCCGCGGUGCUACCUUGGGAGGUUCGACUCUGGUGAAUGCAGGGUUCAACAUUCUUCCCAGUGAACGAGAUUGGAGUCAGAUCGAAGCCCUUACUGGCGACUCUUCUUGGAAUCCCGAACGGAUGAGAGAGAUCUUCGCCAAGACAGAGAAGAAUUUGUAUCUUCCACGCGGAACGCCUGGACACGGAUUUGAUGGUUACCUACAAUUGAACGAAGGGAAUGGAACGGUAUUCACUACCUCGCCUCAGUCGUCGGAGAUAUACAGAUCUUUGGUGUCCGAAGUUGGACAGAAUCCUGAUGAGCUGGAACAACUCUUCGAUACCGACCCUAAUCAGCUACGCUCGGACAGGGACCAAACCGUUGGCCUCUUUGGAGGAGUUUUCCACGCCAAUGGAACUUGGGGUCGUUACAGCGUUAGAGACCAUGUCCUCGCUACUCUACGUGCUGUCGAUGCUACCGGAAGGAAGAGGUAUCCGUUGGAAGUUCGACUGAACUCCUUGGCCAGCAAAGUACUCUUCGAAGAUUCAAUCAACGGAACUGCUCCCCGCGCGAUUGGCAUCGAAUACCUUGAAGGCAAGAGCAUCUAUCAAGGCGAUCUGCGUUACAAUGCAUCAAACAAUGCGACUACCAAGCAAGUGUAUGCCAGCAAAGAGGUCAUCGUUAGCGGAGGAACAUUCAAUACGCCUCAACUCCUUUUGUUGAGUGGUAUCGGUUCAGCUGCUGACCUAGAAGCACUUAACAUCACAGUUGUGGCGGAUCUUCCUGGAGUCGGACGUAACAUGCAAGACCACAACGAGAUUGCCACUAUCGGGCUCGCUGCCCAAAAUAUCAGUGUCGAUGGCGGUUCAGGGUUCCCUCGAUCACAGUGCACACCUCGUGCCCCUAACGACCCAUGUUACGAUCUCUGGCAACAAGGACAAGGCCCAUACGCCGAGGGCAGCAUCAUGGGAAGCAUGUUCUUUUUGAAGACGAACCACUCUAGCACUGGCGAGCGCGAUAUCGGCAUGUGGUCUGGACCUGUGGGUGUACGCGGCUUUUGGCCUCAAACCCCGAACCAGUCAUUCGUUGAUCCCCCUAACACGUUUGGGUUCCACACCGUUCAUAUGCACGGCAGCAACCGCGCUGGCUAUGUGAAGCUCCGGUCAGCCGACCCAACAGCUCAACCCGAAAUCAACUUCCGUCACUUCUCCGACGAGGGCGCAGACCAGGAUAUCGCUGCCAUCAAGGAAGCCGUAGCGUUUUUUCGACGAGUCCAUGCUGGUGUGGUAGCGCCUGUUGGCCCAAAUGAGGUCAUUUGGCCUACCUGUUCGGGAAGUGUCAGCGCCGACGGCACCUGCUCAGAUGAAGGUAAUGACGAGCAAUUCAUUCGAGACAACAACUAUGGUCAUCACGCCACGAGUACCAGCUCUAUUGGAUCAGACGACGAUCCAAACGCCGUUCUUGACUCCAAGUUCCGUGUUCGUGGCGUAGAGGGUCUCCGUGUUGUCGACGCAAGUGCGUUCCCUCGAGCACCAGGUGCAUUCCCGGUUCUUGCGGUGUUUAUGCUUAGCGAGAAAGCAGCACUUGACAUUCUCUCUACGCAGUAG